AUGAAGCAAUCAAGAAAAGCUUCCAAAGUCGCCUAUCAAGGAUUGAAGGAGUUGGUUAAGUUUGCUGAAGUUGAAAACUCUCCUGCUGCUAGUUCCAUUAAUGUUGAGGUUGCCGAGGAACACGUGGCACCUAAAUCAAAAUUCCAAUUUUCAUUUGAAGAUAUUGAAGUAUCUGAUGAUGAUGAAGAAGAGGAUCAAGAAAAGGGUUUGACAGAGAAUGAGUUUGAAGAUUUCCUACAAAGUAUCUCAAUCUCUGAAGAGGAUGUGGCUGUCACACCUUCUGCUGUGACUGAAAGAGAUCGUGACUCAACUAUGCAAUUUUAUUCACCUACCCCUGAACAGAUGGAUGCUCUUAUUGUUGAUCUUCAGCGAACUACGAGGAAGCCUCCCCAAUCAGCUACUGUUACAACUGAACCUCCAUCUGAGAGUGAUCAAGAUGAUUCAGCUCACGUUCUACUCCCGAGGAAAAGAAAAAGAAUAGAUCCAAGACAUGGAGUGCUUAUCACAGACCCUGUUCAAAAUGUAUCUACUUCGAUUGAACCUAGUUAUGUGGCCCAAAACAUUGAAAGCACAUUCACUGAGUCCUCUCCAGUGAUGCAAGAGAUUUCAAGCCUGUUACCUGAAUCCACGCCUAUGGAUCAGGAUUUUGAAAGCCCUAUUGUUGAACAAGAAGUCUUACCUUCAGAAUGGGCUCAAGCUUCUGGAAGCUCCUUUGAAGCCUCUGAGUUGGAUAUUUCAAAAGGCAAAAGCAAGUUGUCUGAGUCUGAAUUUGACAUUAGAAUCAGUGAUCUUGAAAAGGAGAACUCCAUUAAAGAUGCAAAGAUUUCAGAACUUCAAGCAAAUCUUGGUGGUCUAACUGCUUUAUUCUUUGACCUGAAACAGCGCUUACAUCAAAAGUUCGGUGAUGAAUUUCAACCUUUAAGCGCUGAAGGAGAAAAGAUUUUUGCUUCUAGUUCAGGUGUUGCUGAUCUAACUUCUCAGCCUACAAGUGAAUGA